AUGCCACCUAAACGUCGACUAAAGGCCCAGGCGGAUUUGGAUGACGACGACUACCAAUCUGGCGGCCACGAGUCCUCGGAGGACUGCUACGACCCUUCAGACGCGUCCUCUAGCAGGAAGGCGCGAAAUAAACGCGUUGCAUCGCGUAAGAGCGCUCCGAAACGACGGAAAGUGGCCGACUCUGCGAUCGAGGCAGCAGGGGGUGAAUUGGGAGAAUUAACCGCCUGGAAGCAUUCACGGGCCAUGCAUCGCAUUUCCAAGCCAGAAGAGCUGAGGAAGGCCUUACUGGAGUGGUUUGAUACCGUUCGGGAUAAGCGAGGGAUGCCUUGGAGAAAACCGUUUGAUAGGACGUUUACACGGGAGCAGCUGGCGCAACGUGCUUACGAGGUCUGGAUAUCCGAAAUUAUGCUUCAGCAAACCCAAGUCAUUACCGGGUCCACCGAGUUGACGUGGUCUGUUAGGUUUCCGACUAUCAAAGACCUUGCGAAAGGCGCCAUCGACGAAGUGAAUGCUCUGUGGAAAGGCCUGGGGUACUACAGUCGAGCAAGUCGUCUACUGGCAGGUGCACAGAAGGUCGUCAACGAACUGGGCGGUCUGCUUCCUGACAAUGCCAAAGACAUGGAAGCGAAGAUACCCGGAAUAGGUCGCUAUAGCGCAGGUGCUAUCUGCUCCAUUGCGUACGGAGAGAAGGCUCCUGUGUUGGAUGGGAACGUCACUCGGCUGCUGAGUCGAUUCCUCAUGCUUUACGCGAACCCGAAGGCGAAGGGUACACUGGACGUCCUGUGGGCCGCGGCUGAUGCUAUGGUCCAGGUGCCAGGUACUCCAAAGGAUCCCACGUACCAGAAUCCCGGGGACAUUAACCAAGCUCUCAUCGAGCUCGGCAGUACUCAGAGUGGUGCAACAGAAAAGGCACGUAGAAAUCGGACAACUGACUCCGGGUCGACGACAACUGACGUUGCUAUGCACAUCGUGCGCAUCUUGGCCACACAGGGUGAACCGGACGUGGUCGACAUUGAAGACUUGUGCACGCUGUGCGAGUCGAUUCCCAGACCUGUAUCGGUUGUGGACUUUCCGAUGAAGAUCGAGAAGAAGAAGGCGAGGGAAGAAGUUGACAUUGUGAAUGUUGUUGAGUGGAGAUCUAAAUCGAUGUCGGCCGAGCGAUGGUUUCUCCUCGUUAAACGACCUGAGAAAGGGUUGUUAGCAGGCCUUCAUGAGUUCCCUACUCUGAGUAAUGCAGGGUCGCCUUCUCGUAAGGAAAUGGACGAGAUUGUACCCGCGAUACUUUCUCAGCUCCUCGUUCGACCGCCCGUUAGGCUCAGGAAGGCUCACACGUCUGUUAAGAAGAUCAAGUCGGAAGAAGAGAUCCUGGGUUCUGAUUCCUCUAGCCAAACGGACGGCUUGGCGAGGAUCGUCGAGAUUGUCCCUCUGGGAGAUGUGGUGCAUAUCUUUUCGCACGUUAGGAAGACGUAUCGGACGCAGUGGGUUAUCUUGGAGGGAGGCGAACAGCUACCUGCCUUGAAGGUUUGCGAGUCAAAGGUAAAGGAGUCUAAAAGUAAAGUGAAGGAGGAGUGUGAAUCCCCGGUGUCGUCCACGUCGUCUUCCGGGAAGGAGAAGAUCUCUUCGAAGCAGAAGAAGCGGAGGAAAGUACAAGAUCUAGGAGACGGCCAGCAAGGAAAGUCCGAGCUUGCCCCGUUGACGGAGGCGAAGUGGGUAUUGGAGGAUGACGUCGGAAAUGAAAAUACGAGUACAGGAGUGGUCAAGAUCUGGAAAUUGGCUCAAUCUCAUUGGAGUAAAUCGUAA